AUGUGGAUGGUCGUCAGCGAAGAUACAUUUGGUCGAGUACACUUCAGCUAUAGAGAUCUGCCUGGUCCGCCGAGGCGAAUACCGGCCAGUACUUCUGCCAUGGUCAGCACUCCUCAGCGUUAUUCUCGAGGAUGUCUUCGCUUUCCAAACCCGGGCCUUCUUUCGCCCCGUCAUUCUCCUCUGUAUUCCACUACUAAAUAUGAGGAUGAGCGCUACGACAAUGUAACACCUGAGCCACAGUGGCAAGUUGGUGUCGAGUUUCGAUAUGGUGAUCAUUCUCAUCGUUCAUCUGGAUCUACCUCAUCAUCUGAUUAUCAAGCACCGUCGCGUUUACUAUCCUCAAGCAUUGGUCGCCAUUCAUCUCUAGGAAAGGGCUUUUAUUAUUAUUCUCAAUAUGAUCCAGCUAGCCGCACCGAUGGCUUUGCUCGGCCAAUUGAACACGGAGGCUAUUAUCACGUCUCACCAGUUCCUGUUUCCUGUGGGAAAUAUGUUGUUUCAUGCGUCCCAACUUCUUCAGAAACAGAUCGCGAUGGAACAUAUUCGACGCGAACACCUCCUCUUGAAAAAACUGCCCCACGAAGAGUCUCAAAGGGGAAAAGAGUGUCGUACGCAGUGUCGCGCGAAUCACCUGGAACGUCAAAUGGCGUGAAAAGUGGGGGAUCUGUAGUCAUCAUCCCUACUCCAGAUUACGCAUCUUCCGACUGUGCCUCCUCUGAUAACUCGCAACGGCAGUUCGACACCAAGUGGCGAGAUAAUUCAACAGCAGCAGCAAGAAAUCCUUUGGCACCUACACUGAAUACUCCUUUUGUACUGUCGUCAAGUAGCGGCAGCGCGCACUCUACUCCUGUCCCUUUAUCUGGCGGAGUUACUCCGGUUGGCACAAUGGUACAUGCUGAGAAGGUUUCCACAACAGGAACUACGGGUGGAUUCUUCUCUCGGAAAGACAAAAAGAAGAAGGAUAAACGGCCUCGUAUACGAAAAGAGGACAUCAGCAAUCCUACGAAUUUCCAGCACAAAGCACAUGUUGGCUGGGAUCAAGAUAAUGGUUUCUCAAACAAUAUGUGUGACUCAGAGCCUAUGGAUGAGAGCAUCCAAAAUAUUAUUCGAGCUGCUGGACAGGAUCCAACCAGCAUGAGCAGAAAGACUAUCAAAUUCGUUUACGACUUCAUUGAGAAUUAUAAAGACGAUAAC